GUAGGGUCAGCACGCCCAGAGAGAGAGAGAGCUGCCGCCAUAGCACCAGCGGGAGGAAGGAGAACGGAGUGAGACAGUAGAGCUAGAGGCGUCCGCGGAUUUGCUUACCUAGGAGCGCCGGACACUAGGAGUACUAGAUGCGGAGUGGACGUGAGAGGAGAGGUAGCGACACAGGAGUGCCAUGUCGUGCCCUUCGGCCCUGGACUUGUGAAUACCUAUGAGAGGCGGUAGUAGGGUACCUGGGUACCUACAGAAACACAUCGUUACAACUAAUAGGUGAUCGUUACCAUAACGAAAGAAGGAGACACAGAUCUAGCGUUGAUACAGAAGUAUCGUUGAACUGCUUCUGGAUACAGCGAUAACAUAUAAGUAUACGGUACCGCACUCUGUGAUUUUACCAGCAGAAAGUAGAAUUGCUAAAGUGCAUCCACCGGAAUACCACGCACGUAUCGCAGAGGACAGCUCAUUACAUUCUGCAUAGAGGGAAAUACAGCCGCAGACUUAUCUACACUGACACCGGUGGUUCGAGCUGCGCUGGGGAAUAGCGCACACACAGUGGGAAGAACAGAGACGGCUGGUUGUCGCUAUGUGGGGUGAUACAGCUGGUGACCCCAGGGCUGGCAAGACUCACGCCCUCGCAUAUGUAAAGGACACCUGCGGAGUAAUGGAUAACGGCCCCAGCAGUAUUGAGGAAGCCGACAGAAACGCUAGAGAACUUAUAGAAGAAGAGGAGAAAGAGAAGGAGAAAGCAGACAAGAAACGACAGAAAAAGAAGAGGCAGAAAGAUCGGAUCCGCCAGCAGAAGCUGCAGGAGAGUGCGAAGGCGCAGGAUGGCGAUCCGGUCCCAACCUCAGGAACUAUUAAUAAUGAUUAUGUGGCAACAAUACCUGCAGUGGUUACUCCAGAUCCUGCGUGCCCCCGUGUUAGUGAGGUACUGACCUCGGCAACUGUUAAUAAUGAUUGUGUGGCUGUAGAGUCUGCAGUAGUAGUGGAUGCAGACGCUGUGUCUACCGAUGCCAGCGACUCUGGUAAUGAGGAUGAUCUGGAUCUUGGAAGCUCAUUUGUUCGCAAGGUACAGAUAAAGAUGGAAAACAAACCGAAACGAGAACGGAAAAAUCGAAGUAAAGAGCCAUCACGUGAUAAAGUGCUGGACAGGUCUCAGGAGAGUGUGUGUGAUGAGCAGGAGACCUGUGCCAAGGACCAGGCGCCAAUACCAAAUAACGGAAGUCGUGUGAGCCAGUAUAACAUACAAAGCAGCAUGGAUUUAGCAAAUAUUGGGAAUAAUUUGGCCAGUAAGGGGCUCUUUAAGGAAUCUCUGAGUUAUUUUGCAGAAGCAAUAAAGUUAAACCCAGUGGAGUACAGGUUCCUGGGUAAUCGCUCUUAUAGUUAUGAACGUAUUGGGAGCUUUAAGGAGGCGCUGCAGGACGCAGAGAAGGCUCUGGAGCUCCAGCCACGCUUUAUAAAGGGCCAUUUCCGGAAGGGCCGGGCCCUGAAAGGGCUAAAGAGAUACUCGGAGGCGGUCGCUGCUUUCCAGCAGGUGUUGCUGUGUGACGGUAAUCACGUGGAGGCCGCGGCGGAGACAACUCAGUGCCAGCAGGAGAUGAUGAAAUGUACAAAAGAAAAAACUCAGAAAACUUCCCCAAUGAGUCUCCCAGCAACGCAGUCUAAUUCUGUAGGAUGUAAUAAAGUUUUUGUGGCGCGCAAUGUGAGUUAUACAAGAGCGGAUGGAAAGAAAUCUGCGCCAGCGCCCACACUCAACCUGCCUCUGGCCAGACCGCCCCCUGCCAGCACCCACAGUAAGCUGUACCCGGUGUGGGUUGGGAACGUCACUGAUAAAAUUACAGAGAAUAUUCUAAGAUCCCACUUUGAGCCGUUUGGUCCUAUCCAUUCAAUGCGUAUUCUCUACAGCAGGACCUGCGCGUUUAUCAACUACACCAGUAAGGACGCUGCAGAGUUCGCUUUCCGUACACUACAGGGGCUGAUCAUUGAAGGAACCACCUUUGUUUUACAACUGCGGAACCCGGAACACACGAAUGGAAACGUCGGGGGGAUGUGAGCAGACGGCUGGUGACUAGUUAUUUUCAAUGAUUUGCCGAUUUGUUUGAUUUUUACUCUUUUUGGUCAUGUGUGUACAUUAAAAGUCUCUUUUUUGA